AUGUUUCACCAAAUUCGUAUCAGACCUGAAGAUCGACACGCACAGCGUUUUUUGUGGCGGGAAGAUACAACCAAGAAACCGGAUGUUUUUCUUAUGGAUGUGGCAACAUUUGGCUCUAGUUGUUCACCGUGCAGCGCGCAAUAUAUCAAAAAUAAAAACGCUGAAGAAUACGCGGCUGAGUUUCCACGCGCUGCAGAGGCCGUGGUGAAGUGUCAUUACGUGGACGACUUGUUGGAUAGUUUUGACACCGAAGAAGAAGCCAUGCAAGUGGCAGCUGAAGUUAAACUUAUACAUAGCAGAGGCGGGUUUGACAUACGUGGUUGGCGUUCCAACUCUCCAGCAGUACUGCGACAUUUGGGAGAAACAGUUGUUCCGGCGGUUAAAAAUCUGGACUUAGAAAAGGGAGACGGCGCUGAAAGAGUACUCGGCAUGCUGUGGCUACCUACCGAAGACGAAUUGGCUUUCUCAACUCAAAUGCAGCAAGAUAUUUCAGAAAUUAUUGGCGAGGGCCGUCGACCAACCAAGCGACAGGUAUUACGAUGCGUUAUGUCAUUAUUCGACCCUCUUGGUUUGUUGGCUACAUACAUAAUUCACGGCAAGAUUUUAAUGCAAACGAUAUGGCGUUGCGGAACAGGCUGGGACCAAGAAAUUGGAGAUGAGGCAUUUGACUUAUGGAGAAAGUGGACCGACAAUUUAUGCCAUAUCGAUAAUAUUCGGCUUCCUCGAUGCUUCAUUGGCCGAACUCCUUCAGGAUCGAUACGCUCUAUUCAACUUCACACAUUCGUGGAUGCAAGCGAGGAGGCCCACAGCGCUGCUGCAUAUUACCGAAUAAUAUUUGCUGAUGGAACUAUAUCUUGUGUCUUGAUAUCGGCGAAAGCGAAAGUUGCACCUCUUAAACCACUAUCCAUACCUCGUCUAGAAUUAAGGGCAGCCGUUCUCGGUGCUCGGCUAGCAAGUUUCGUGGGUGAUAAUCACACUUACGCAAUCGACAAAAGAAUAUUCUGGUCGGAUUCUAGUACAGUACUAGCCUGGAUCCGGUCAGACGCUCGCAGAUAUCGGCAAUACGUCUCUUGUCGAAUUGGUGAAAUACUCACGCUUACCGAAACUCAGGAGUGGAAAUGGGUACCGACGAAAAUGAACACUGCUGAUGAAGCCACAAAGUGGGGUCAUGGCCCCUGUUUGUCGCCGGAAAAAGAAAGGUUUCGCGGACCAACAUUUCUGCAGUACCCAGAACAGCAAUGGCCAAUCCAAAAAAGCAACGUUAAAUUCGAGACGGUAGAAGAAUUGCGAUCAUGUUUUGUGCACAAAGUAAUUAUACGCAAGCCAAUAAUAAAAUUCGAACGAUUCUCUCGGUGGGUGCGGCUUGUUCGGUCGGUUGCAUACGUGUGGAGAUUUAUAAAUAACGCUUGUACCACGAAGCAGCACCGGAAUCAAGGGUUGUUGAGCACCCAGGAACUUCAGAAGGCUGAAAACACACUGUGGAGCAUUUGUCAAAAUGAAUCAUUUCCUGAUGAAAUAGCACAGUUGAAGGCAGGCGAUAGCGGGGUGGAGAAAGCAUCCUCGAUAUACAAGCUUUCCCCUUACCUGGAUGAGCACGGUAUCCUGAGAGUGGACGGAAGAAUAGGCGCAGCUGCAAAUACCGAAUUCGACACGAAAUUUCCCAUAAUUUUAUCGAAGACACACAGGUUGACAAACCUACUGUUAGACAAUUAUCAUCGAGAAAACCACCAUGCAAACUUUGAGACCACCGUCAAUGAGGUAAGACAAAAAUUUUAUAUUCCCCACCUUCGGGCAGCUGUACGAAAAACGGCUCGGUUAUGCCAAUGGUGUAAAAUCUACAAAUCACAACCAACAACUCCGAGGAUGGCUCCCCUACCAGCUGCCAGGCUGGCCUUCUUCGAACGUCCUUUUUCUCACGUCGGGGUGGAUUGUUCUGGUCCAGUGACGGCCAAAAUCGGACGUAGUCACGCUAAGCGUUGGGUGGCACUGUUCACAUGCCUGACGAUCAGAGCAGUGCACCUCGAAAUAGCGUAUAGUUUAAGCACAGAUAGUUGCAUUUCAUGUUUUUGUCGCUUCGUCGGUCGUCGUGGAGCUCCUCUCGAAGUCUAUAGCGACAACGGUACCAACUUUGUAGGAGCGGAAAGGGUACUUAUGCGGCAAAUCAAAAGUGACAUGGCGGAGGCGUUUACAAAUGCUAAUACAAAGUGGCUUUCCAACCCUCCUUCGGCCCCACACAUGGGCGGAGUUUGGGAAAGGAUGAUGCGAUCCGUUAAGGCAGCGAUCGAGAGUAUAGAUACGGGAAGAAAGUUAAAUGAUGAAGGGUUUUUGACAUUGUUAAUUGAAGCAGAGAGUAUAGUAAAUUCUAGGCCACUGACCUAUCCACCCUUGGAAACAACUGAGCAGGAGGCCCUCACGCCGAAUCAUUUUUUACUUGGCAGCUCCAAGGGAGUGAAGCAGCCAGCAGUUAGGUUUGUAAAUCAACAAGAUGCAUCUUUGAACAGCUGGAAUCAGAUUCGCCAUCAGCUCGACAUUUUCUGGCAUCGAUGGCUGAAAGAGUAUCUCCCAACGAUCUGUAGACGAACAAGAUGGUUCGGCGAUACCAAACCCAUUGAAGUAGGGGAUCUAGUUCUUGUUGCGGAUAGUGCUAAAAGGAACAAUUGGAUACGAGGUCUUAUAUCUGCGAUACCGUUAAGUUCAGAUGGCAAAGCGCGACAGGCCACAGUCCAGACGAGCACAGGAUUUCUCAGAAGACCAGUAAGCAAGCUAGCACUUUUAGACGUCAAAUCUCAAGGUAAAACUGCUUCGGUCACGCAGUGUUACGGGGGCGGGAAUGUUGCCGCAGCUUCUGGCAACGCUGAGCCCGUCGCUAUCGGAAAUUAA